UCAAACUUUGUGUAUGAAAAUGGAACUUGUUUUGCUCGCAUGUGCUCUUUUCCUGGCGUUUUUCUGUCGAAUUCAAGGGUCCAGUGCUGUGACUCCUGUGUUUGUGCAGAAGGGAGAGGAUGUGCUUCUGAAUGCCAGGAUAGCUGAUGAUUUCGAGGAAGAUGCCAUUGUCAUAUGGAACUUUGCUACAAAUGAUGUUGUUUUGGUAAGAUUUAUACCUGAGAAAGAGCCAAUAAUCCCUCCUCUUUACACUGGAAGGAUCGAGUUUUCUGUGAAAAAUUACUCCCUGAAUCUGAAGAAUCUACAAGAGGCAGACGAAGGAGUUUAUACUGCACAAGUGGUAGGGAAACGAACCGUUCUCACUAAAUACAACAUCAGCAUUCAAGAUCCAGUGUCUCCAGUGAACCUGACAGUGUCCAAAACCUCAGACUCCUGCAACCUCUCGGUGACCUGCAGGACACUGGACUCUCACAUCAACAGCACUUUUAGAUGUGACGCCAAAACCUGCAGCGGGGAGGGGGGAGAGCGAUCAGAGGUCUCAACCUCUGGUGCUUCUCUCCGCGUCUACCUGGUGAACGACUUGAUCUUCUGUAACCACAGCAACCAGGUCAGCUGGACCAAGGACUCUGCAACGAUUGAACGUUUCUGCCCCGGACGUGCUGAUAAACAAGUCAACAACAUUACUGUCCCUGUGACUGUCGCCUCCAUAACUUUCAUUGUCAUCAUAAUUGCUGGAGCUGUUUUUGUUGUACAGAGAGAAAAAAAUAAAAGAGAGAAGGCAGAAUAUGAAGUUACACAGAGGAGAGCUACAUCCCAACCUGUGGAGAGUCAAACAAAUGAUCCGUCGGGUUUAUCUCCGACAUCCACCUACUGCUUGGUGGGGCCUCACUCUGGAUCUGUGGGGUCAACUAAGAGUAGCGGUUACGCUCAGCCGGAGAGCCUGUAUGCUCAGGUAGAAAAGCCUGCCAGGUCCUGAGACUACUCAUCAGGAAUUGUAAUCGGCUUUGUGUACUAGCAGCAAUUUCCAGUUCGCAUUUGAAUUUAAAUGCACAGUAAGUUAAAUGUUUGUAUUGUUUGACCAUUCUCAGUCCUCUCUGCCUGCCUUUCAAACAUUUCGAGCUGAAGAGGCUCUGCAGUCCCCGCUGUGGCAGAAAACUCUCACUGAGGGAAGCAAAUGUAGAGUAUUUUGGCAAUAAGCAUUUAGCCAGGCCAGCAUGCAACUGUUGCUCAUACAGCAUCUCGGGUGUGUUUGAUUUGUGUCACUUGCCUGGUGGUGCAUUGAAUUAGUGAUUAAUUAAGAUAUGUGUCAGACCUGCAGACAGAACACAAAGGUUUUUCCAAUAUGUCAGGUCCAGCUGCAGGGAGGGGCAUUCAGGAAGGUUACUGGUAUUGUUUUCUAAGAUGUUAAAACGGCAAGUUUUUCUGAUGUACGACUAAUGUUUUUUUUUAUGUUCCCAGAAUGCUCUGGGAAGGUUACUUGAAUGUUUUCUAUAUUUUAAAAAGAGAGUUUUUUUUUUAUAGCAUUAACAUGAGACUCCAUUCCUAGAACAUCCCUGGAGGAUUAGCUAAAUGAGCCUUAUGUAACAAUGUGUUGUAGCAUCAUGUUAGUUCUAUGUUGAAAAAACGCCUGUUAUGACACUGAAUAUAGAUUCAACCGUCAUGUACAAAGUCAGUCGGCAGCUACAUUUUAAGACUAAAAGGUGCAAUACAGAGCCAGAGAGGGAGCCUCAGCUUGGGAACCUGGAGUUUAGCCUUUAUCUCACUUGUCCAAAAGCUUGAAAGCUUACACUUUUACCGCAGUGUUGAAGAGCUGUAACCAUCAUAACACACACAGAAACCUCGCUGCAGUGACCACCGUUGAUCCAGCUUUCAGCAUGACCUAAAAAACUUCAGAAAAAUGAAAGUGUUCAACAUUCAAGUUCAUUCAACUCGUGAAUGUUAUCCGCUGUGCAAAGUGUCAUUAAACAUUCAGAUUUU